UUCCCCCACAAGUGCAGUAGUGCUGGCAGUCCACAAACCUAUUUAACACGUGGUAACUUCCAUUACUAUCAUUAUGGUUGCGAUGGUCAACAGGACCAGGGAUGGGGUUGUGCCUAUCGUAUACAAUCUAUGAUAUCUUGGAUACUGCAUAAGUGUAGUAGUUAUAAUUUGCUUAGUGUUCCCAGUUUGCGCGAGAUUCCAGAGACCUUGGUACGACUUGAAGAUAACCUAGAGUUUGUUGGUUCUCGCGAUUGGAUUGGUGCUUUGGAGGUGUUUUAUGUUGUUGAUUCUCUGUAUGAUGUUCCAUGUAAAAUUAUUCAUAUUACACGUAGUGAAGAGUUAUCCGACUAUGUGGAUACUUUGAUUUCGUAUUUUAAUGAUUACGGCGGGCGGUUUUGUUAUGAUGGGUGGUGAUAUGGAAUGCCUGCAUCGAAGGGUAUAGCGGGUGUACAUACUAAUGGAAGGGAUACAUAUCUAUUAGUAGUGGAUCCCCAUUACUCUGGUGUGCCAGCAUCCAUACACGAUCUAAUCAAAGAUGGCUAUAUACGUUGGCAAAAUGUUAAAGAAUUUGUGGAUAGUUCCUUUUAUAAUCUCUGUUUACCAUACCUUAAAUAAGAUAUGAUAUAUUCACACUAAUGUAAACAUAUAAUAUUAAGAUUUUAAAAAGAAAUCUAAUCAAAUAAAGCAUAAACAAUUAAAGGAACUGUUAACAAAUUCUUACUAAACAAAAGCUAUAGAAAUACUUAUUAAGAAUAUAAACCCUAAACUACCCUAAGCAAA